AUGUGCAGCUGUAAAGGUAAUCCCUAUCGAUUUUCCACCACAAGAGGCAGCCAGGACACGCAGUCAACAGAUACACACGGUGAUUGCUUGGUGAACAGUAAGCACUCGGCUAUGAAACCGCUCACCGACGAUAAAGUUGCUCUGUCCAAAGAGAUUAAGGGUUUGCCUUCUCCCAAAAAGCGACUGGCAAGUGCCGUGGGCAGUGAGAAGAAUACAAAUAACCAUCAUGUGGUACCGCUGGGUAUCCUCGUGGUGCUCUGUACUGUGUAUCUCAUGGUAGCCGGGAUGCAGCACAACUACAGGUACUACUUUAAGUCGGGCGUGGCUGCCUACGACCUGCACCAUUCCCAAGCCGGCGAUGUCCGUCCGGAAGCCAUGGCUGAGUUCUAUGUCGCCGCUCCAGAUGCAUCUUGCCAGAAGUUGGACGUUUUCAGAAAGGAAUCCGAUAUGAAUACAGCUUCUCAGCCAGUUUCCAGAAGAUCCCAAGGCAAGUCCACUAGGAGAACCAAAAAUGGCCCUGGGAAUGGGGUCAGUAAGCAAAUUCGUUUAACGAAAUCCCCCGAGGGCCACAAGAAGAAGGAAGCCAGCAAAAAGAGUAACACAGCGGAGCCCAUUAUCUAUCUUUUUGCCCUGGUUUUCAUCUAUCUGUUGCUGAAGGCCGCCUCCGACAUCAACCAGCACUACAAGUCGCAGAACAAAGGGGACAAACGAAUGCGUCGCUGCUCCCUGCAAUCCUAUGCCCAGAUCCACAAGCAAGAUCGGCGGUCAUCAAAAGUGGAGGAGUCCCCGAUCUUCCCGCGCAAGCAUAUUAUCAUCGAAGAGCGUUCCGUGUCGGUGGAUCGCUACAAGUACACGCUGAACGAAGAGGGAAGCUUUACAAAGUCCGCUCCGAGGGUGCAGGAGUAUCACUUCAGGGUCGUGUCUCCUUUGGCCAGCCGGCCAAGUCACCAGCAUCCGCUUAGGCUUGGAGGAGAAACCCGUUAUGAGCCCCAUCUAAACCGUCGCUGCUCGGUUCCGAUCAGCAUUAACUAUCAGACGGUUCCCGUAUCGAGUCCAUAUCCACCCGAAAUGGCCAGACGAGGAUCGGUGAUAAGCCUCACUGGUCCACCAGAAGUCAGUGGCGCGCCAAGUAUGCCAAGUGGAACUGCCGAUCCAAAGCGGCGCGUCCGCAUGAUAAAUCGCCAUUGAAAUCGAGAUAAAAUCAGGGCAAAGG